AUGGAAGCUGCACCAAUAACAGUGGCUGUUGUUCAUACUCCAUACUGGAAUAUUUCAGAUGUCGCUUUCCUCAGAGACGGACCGCACAACGUCUUGGUACCAGCACUUCUUUACCUCCGAGCCUCCAACAUUGAAACGACACGUUCUUCACCUCGAUCGUCGCACCGCCCCGGCGAACGAAAAAGAAAACGACCUCACAGUAGUCAUCGCGACUCAUCUGAGCAGCCUGUUCACCAGUCUUCCCGCGACUCAGAGGCAGAGCUUUCAAACGCAUCGCCCUGCUCAGUGGGCUCCGACGAUUCAUCCUGCCAGCAUGAUAGAGAUCCCUCAAACAUUCUUCACAAACUGAAUAUGACGGAGCACGAGCGCCUACUACUCCAUGAUCUUGAGAACGAGAUAAGGCAAGACGAGUAUUACGGCUCGGCGCGAUCAACACCCAGUUUUACACUCGCAUCCAAGAGAAGGAGACAUGAUGGCGAGGCCCUGAGAGUGAGGGAACAGAAGUCGCCAGAAGAAGAGAAGGAUGAAUAUGAGCGGCUCAACAACCCGCGCGGAUCCCCCAUCACAGUCCGAGGAGCUCAUCCAAGGUCGGUCACCCUGAUCAUCGACAAUGUACAGGGAGAAUACCAAACCCAAGCUUUACCCCGCCAAGAUUGUAAGAAAGACUGGGUUGACUUUGCCGAACUCGAAGGCCCUAAUCUUGAAGGGGACGAGACUACGAUUCAUCCUAAUGACAUCCAGGAUAGUCAGUUCAUUCGCUUACAGUGGUUGAAGGAAAGGAAAGGAACAGUCAUCUGA